AGGAGACAUCUUGUUGGCUUGGGAUGCAACUUCUUUUUUUAACGAAAAAACACAUAUCUUUAUUCAUUUUCAAUAACAAUUACAUCGUUUAUGAAGAGUGAUACAAUUUCACUCAAAGACUCCUCAAACCAGUCAAAAGUUGAAGAAAAUUUAGCUAACUUAGCAAGUUCAUGGGCAACCUUAUUUGCUUCCCUAUUACAGUGCUCGAAUCUAGUAAUGGGAAAUUCACAAGCCAAAACGUAACAAUCGUCAAACACUGCCGCCAAUGUACUCGCCGUCCGUCCGGAAGUGGUGUUUCUGAACAUAAGCACACCUGCGCUCUAUAUCUGGGCGGUUGAGCGGUGUCUCGGGAUGCGAUGCAUUAAAGAGGUGGGUGAGAUACGCGAGCGUCUGUUAGUAUCGAAAAAGAAGAAAUACACCUGAGCUAUCGCUAGGACGGAGACAAAGGAACGGCGGUCGUAGACGGCACGAAGUUGAGCCGUGGCUCAACUCGUGGGGCUCCUUCCUGAUCUGUGGCUCAACUCGUGGGGCUCCUUCCUGAUCCGUGGCUCAGGAUUCGUGAUACUGUCGUCUCCUACCUUACCCUGCUGGAUUCAGUGGGUGGGAGUUGCGGAGACGCCGCCGCCGCCCGAUUCAGGCGAAUCCAUUGCCGGCUAUGGAAUUCCUUCUGCAGCUGAUUAGUACUCCUAGAAGAUCCCCUUUGGUUGAGGAGGUGUAUGGAAGUCAUCUCUCCAUGGAUCUGCUGGAUAACAGAUGGCGACGUCUUUCAGGGAAAUGGAAGAGCCGCCACCGGCAUCCUUUAGGGCAGACGUGCGGAACUAUCAGAAACAGGCGGGCGUGGAUGGACGACGGGAGAGCUCGGCCUAGUUGUCUGCAAAAUGGAUGCACCCUGGUGGUCAAAGAGGGGAGGCUGCUGAUGGGGGCUAACCUGGCUAUCGAGGGACAUGCUAGCGAGAUAUGCACAAGGGCAAUGUUUGGGCAUAUAUUUUAUGAGUGUGGUGCAUACCAGGUUUAAUAUGUGAAGAACAGAUCAUAUCUUGCAAUACAUACGGAGGUCGAGCGCAAGGAGAAGUGGUGCAGAGUAUCAUACAAGGUCACAAUGAUGGACGAUGGGGAUGACUUUGACUGUGAGUGUGGGCAGUUCGCCCACAUGGGUAUACUACACACCCAUGUUCUUGAGGUAUUGUUUUCCUUAAAUUAGUAUAGUUUACAGUACUAGCAAUGCAAAUGUGGAGGGUUGGUACCAAAAAAAUGAACAAUGUUGUUUUUAGAAAAUGUGGGUACUGGACUUUAUUCGUGUGAAGCAGAUCCCCGAGACACACAUACUAGCAUAGCACUAGUGAAAAUCUAAAUAGUACCUACAACCUUGGAAGCUUGCUAGGUGCGAGAAUUGUGGGGUUAAGGGCCACAGGAGAAACAACUGCACAAAACCAAUGGAUCUGAGAUUAGGGGGUGUCUGAUGCUGGUGUGAAGUGCAUGGCUGCAGUAGCAGCAUCAGUUUUGACUGAUGAAAACCAAGGAGAGCAAGGGUGUAAUCUAAGAUAUGUUGAUGUGUUCUGGGCAUUUUCUAUUUAUGUUGUACUCAUGUACUGUGUGGUACCGUCCGGCAGUGAGGCUGACUAUGGAUGUAUCUAUGCAGUGCAUUUCCAGGAUCAGGUGUUUCGAUGUAGAAUUAUUGUUAUUUUCACGUGAUUCAUGGCCCCACCUGGUGUGUGUGAUGCCGGUGACUAGAGUGGCAUGUUGCCUGAGACUAAAUUGUAGUGCUUCUCUGUGUUGUCUGAUACUGAAUUCUGAUGCUUGUUCAGGCAGACUUGCGGCGCUUGUUUGUGUCGCGUGAAACUGAAUUGUGCCACCUGAAGUUGUA